CCAUUGAUCUCGUGUAAACCAGACACCUUGAAACAAACACUGGUUCAUUGUCGAACAACUAUUGAGCACCUCGACGGCCCCGGAGGUCUCUCGAUGAAGGCGACUGUGACAUAACCGCCCUUUCUCCUUUCUUCUUUUUAGUUUUCCUAGAUUUGGUCAUCUUGAUCAGCAAUCGCGUCGUGCUGUAACAAGGGUCCCGAGGACGGCCAACAUGCACGUCCCAGGCCCAUUGUCCUCGCGGUGGACGGCCUACCUUGGCCUGCUGUCCGCAUUUUCUGCAGCAUUUGCACCUGCAGUCGCCGUCAAGGAGCAUGACUUCAAAAAGUGCCAUCAAUCGGGCUUUUGUAAGCGCAACCGCGAAUUCGCCGACCACGCCCUCGCCACGAGCUCCUGGGCGUCACCCUACAAUGUCGCACCAGAUUCCGGAUCGUUCAAAGAUGGCCAGUACCAGGCUGUGAUCUUGAAGACCACCAACAGCGGCGAGACGGUUUGGCUUCCCAUUACCGUCUCUUUCCUUGAGUCUGGUACAGCGCGAGUCACGGUGGACGAAGAGAAGCGCCAGAAAGGAGAGAUUGAGUUGCGCCAUGGCAGCAAAGCGAGGAAAGAGCGCUAUAACGAGGCAGAGAAAUGGGCCAUUGUUGGAGGGAUGACUUUGGACAAGGAGGCCAAGGUCGAUUAUGAGGACAAGACGCAGAUUACCGUCAAGUACGGGCCAACCUCCAAGUUCGAGGCAACCAUCAAAUUCUCUCCCUUCAGCAUCGACUUCAAGCGGGACGGCAUCAGCCACGUCAAACUCAACGACCAGGGCCUCCUUAACAUCGAGCACUGGAGGCCAAAGGUUGACAAACCGGAGCCCGAGAAGAAGGACGGCGAUUCGACUGAAGAGAAUAAGGCAGAGGAAGCAAAGGAGGAGCCCAAGGGAGAGGAUGAGUCUACCUGGUGGGAGGAGACAUUUGGCGGCAACACCGAUACCAAGCCUCGCGGCCCGGAGAGCGUCGGUCUUGACAUCUCCUUCGUCGGCUACGAACACGUCUACGGCAUCCCCUCCCAUGCCAGCUCGCUGUCGCUGAAGCAGACCCGUGGCGGCGAGGGCAACUACCAGGAGCCGUACAGGAUGUACAAUGCUGACGUUUUCGAGUACAUCCUCGAUAGCCCAAUGACUCUCUACGGCUCUAUUCCUUUCAUGCAGGCCCAUCGUAAGGACUCGAGCGUGGGCGUUUUCUGGCUGAAUGCCGCGGAGACGUGGGUUGACAUCACCAAGGCGAAAGACUCCAAGAACCCGCUCUCUCUCGGCGGCAAGGCCAGGACCAACACGCAUACCCACUGGUUCUCCGAGAGCGGUCUGCUGGACGUUUUUGUCUUCCUCGGCCCGACGCCCAAGGAUUUGACCGCCAGGUACGGUGAGCUCACUGGCACCACUGCAAUGCCCCAGGAGUUCGCUCUCGGAUACCAUCAGUGCCGUUGGAACUACGUCUCGGACGAGGACGUAAGGGAUGUGGACCGCAAGAUGGACAAGUUCAAGAUGCCGUACGACGUCAUUUGGCUCGACAUCGAGUACACUGACGAGAAGAAGUACUUUACCUGGGACAAACACUCGUUUACAGACCCCAUCGGCAUGGGCAAGCAGCUGGACAGUCACGGCAGGAAGCUGGUUACCAUCAUUGAUCCGCACAUCAAGAAUACCGACAAUUACCCCGUCGUGGCAGAGCUAAAGUCCAAGGAACUCGGCGUAAAGAACAAAGAUGGCAACCUCUUCGAGGGCUGGUGCUGGCCAGGCUCGUCUCACUGGAUCGACGCCUUCAGUCCGGCUGCGCGCGAGUGGUGGUCGUCGCUUUUCAAGUAUGACAAAUUCAAGGGCACCAUGGAAAACACGUGGAUCUGGAACGACAUGAACGAGCCGUCGGUCUUUAACGGUCCCGAAACCACGAUGCCCAAGGACAACCUCCACGACGGAAACUGGGAACACCGCGACGUGCACAACCUGAAUGGCCUGACGUUCCACAACGCGACCUACCAUGCGCUCCUCACCCGGAAGCCCGGCGAGCUCCGCCGCCCGUUCGUGCUGACCCGGUCCUUCUUUGCCGGCUCGCAGCGGGUCGGCGCCAUGUGGACCGGCGACAACCAGGCUGCCUGGGACCACCUCAAGGCAUCGAUUCCCAUGGUCCUCAGCCAGGGUAUUUCGGGCUUCCCCUUCUCGGGCGCCGACGUCGGCGGCUUCUUUGGCAACCCGGAGAAGGAGCUUUUGACGCGGUGGUACCAAGCCGGCGCCUUCUACCCCUUCUUCCGGGGGCACGCGCACAUUGAUGCGCGACGCCGCGAGCCAUACCUCGCCGGCGAGCCGUACACGACCAUCAUCGCCGCGGCGCUUCGGCUGCGCUACAGCCUGCUGCCGUCGUGGUACACUGCGUUCCGGCACGCCCAUCUGGACGGUACGCCCAUUAUCAAGCCCAUGUUCUACACGCAUCCGUCCGAGGAGGCCGGCCUCGCUAUCGAGGACCAGUUCUUCGUCGGCAACACGGGCCUGCUCGCCAAGCCCGUCACGGAGAAGGAGAAGACGACGGUCGAUGUGUGGAUCCCCGACGGCGAGGUCUACUAUGACUACUUUACGUACCAGGUCAUCCCGACAGUCAAGGGCAAGACGGUCACGCUGGAUGCGCCGAUGGAGAAGAUCCCGCUGCUGAUGCGCGGCGGGCACGUGUUUGCGCGCCGCGACGUGCCGCGGCGCUCGAGCGCGCUCAUGCGCUGGGACGACUACACGCUCGUCGUGACGGUGCCGCGGGAAAACAAGGUCGCCGAGGGCGACCUGUACGUCGACGACGGAGACUCGUUUGAGUACCAGAACGGCCAGUACAUCCACCGCCGGUUCGUCUACGACGGCGCGGCCAAGAGCCUCAGCUCGGUGGAUGCCGAGGGCCGCGACGCGGCCUCGAUCCGGGAGGGCGCGUGGAUGAAGCAGAUGCGCUCCGUGGGCGUGGGCAAGAUCGUGGUGGUCGGCGCGCCGGCCAGCUGGGCGGGCAAGAAGAGCGUCAAGGUAGAGAGCGAGGGCAAGGUCUGGGAGGCCAGGAUGGAGUUUACGCCUGCUGGGCAGGGCAGAGCCGCGUUCGCGGUGAUCAAGAAGGUGGGCGUGAGGAUCGGGGCGGAUUGGAAGGUCGAGUUUUGAUUUCCACCACUGGGCUUGUGCGUAUUUUUGUUGGAGUAGGUUCUCUCUCUCGUAUUAUUCGACUUUUUGUUUUGGGCCCCGUUAUGUCGGUCAUGGUGGAGCCUCGCAAGCAUCCUGUUUUCGAA